AUGUAUCGGGGCUCUUUCGCACCGCCGCCCGCGCAGUCGCCGCCUCUUCACCACCCCGUCCCGCAGCAUGUGUCGACCGUGCCUAUGAUGCGCUCACCACCCCCACCUACAUCUCAACAGACCCCUAAUGCCGGAUAUGGAGGUAAUCCAUACCAGCCCUCGCCUGCCCAGGGUGGUAACCCAAAUUAUGCCGGUGGCCCCGGCUUUGGUCAAUUUAUGACCGACCCAACAGCCCAGAUGGGUUUCCAGGUUGGUAAGAGUGCGAUGAUGGCAGGACAGGAGUAUAUGGAAAGCAAUUUCAAUCGCUAUAUUUCCAUACCAGCCCUGAAGCACUACUUCAACGUCUCCAACUCCUACGUCCUGAACAAGCUCAUCCUCGUCCUAUUUCCUUGGCGACACAAGCCCUGGUCCCGCCAGCAAGCCCGAAUGCCCGCUUCUGCCGGCCCAGAUGGCCAGAUCACGCAGCAACAAUACUCGUCCAUGUUCCUGCCACCGCGAGACGAUCUGAACUCACCUGACAUGUAUAUCCCCGUCAUGGCUGUCGUCACAUACAUUCUGUUGUCAGUAUUGUUGGCCGGGUUCCGAGGCAACUUCCACCCGGAGCUGCUGGGCUCGAUCACCACCACGGCCAUCGCGGUUAUCGUCUUCGAAAUUCUUUGCUUGAAGAUGGCCAUGUACAUCCUCAGCAUCAACAAUGACUCGCAGCUGCUGGACCUCGUGGCGUACUCGGGAUAUAAGUUUGUAGGUAUCAUUGCCACUUUGGUUGCAUCAGAGGUCCUGAUGCCUGGCCGCGGAACUGGAGGCUGGGUUGGUUGGACGGUCUUUAUGUACACAUUCUUGGCGAAUGCGUUCUUCCUGCUCCGUUCGUUGAAGUACGUCUUGCUCCCAGACUCGACCGACUCUACUAUGCAGACUGGCAUGCACACUGUGGCCCGGGGACAGCGUAACCGUCGCACGCAGUUCUUGUUUGUCUACUCCUAUGUCAUUCAAUUCAUUUUCAUGUGGAUUCUCAGUCGGGAGGGUCCGUCGGCGUUGGCAUCGAAGGCAAGCUCUUGA